CAUGAGCUCCCACCUCUCUGCUCGCGUAGCAGGCUGCGCGCAGAAUCUCGACUACUAACUAGUCCGCCUCUCAUUCAUAUUUGGUCCUCCGGAAGUAUCCACAGCUCGGAUUUAGGCAUGUUCCAAAAUGGAUUCUCAAAAGACAGGGGUUCUGACCAAUGGUGGCUCAGAUGACAGGAGUGUCGGCCAAUCCUUGAAGAGAUCGGGGACUGUGCCAGAGAUCCAUGAGGAGCCAGUGGACUCCUUGAUCUUAUUCUGCCCACCAGACUCUGAAAGUGAAGGUCUUCUCCUGAUAGAUGACCAGGGUAUUCCAUACACACUCACCCCUGAGGGGCACAAAGUGCCCCAAAUGGACUCGUCCAGGCCAGACAAACCCCCCCUCAAGCCAGCCAAAGGUGCAGUCCAGCUCAUUGGAGGGAGAGGAUGACAGGUUGUCUCAUAUAACCACAGCAGGGGUCACUUUCCUCAGCCAAAGUUUAGUAAAAACUCCACACACACACAAGGAAAACACAUGUCCCGCUCCUGUUACGUCUAUGAAACCCUCACAGAAGUCAGAACUUCUAAAAAAUACAGAACACUCAAAGAACCCAGAACUCUCACAGAAUGCGGAACCCCCUAAGGUUCUAGAUUCAGGUGUGAAAUCUGUUAGUGAGGCUAGUGCUGCUGUUUCCCAACCCUCUGGUUCUGCUGUACACCUCCAACCCCCUCAGCCCAUCCAGAUCCUGACUAACCCCUCCUCCAACACCCCCAUCCUCCUCUUCCCCUCCUCCCCCCCAGCUCUCCUCCAUUCCCCUAACCAAGACUGAUGCCAACCCAGGCCUCCUGGCCUUCUCUCUCCCCCUCUCCCUCACCCAGAACAUUCUCCUCUCCUCCACCACCUCUGGUCAGUCUUUCUCUACCUCCACCCCCAUUGCUCUCAUUGACCCCUCCACCGGUCAGCUCUCCCAAAUCACUGCCUCCUCUUCAUCCCCUCUUUCUCUCUCUCUCUCUUCUGGUCAGUUCGCCACAUCAGGGUCAUCCCUCCCUGCCAAUCCCUCCCACCCAGUUAUUAGAUCGACACCCAACAACUCCCCUACUAUCCUAUCAAGAGAGAGUCCCAUUGUUAACCCUCCCGCCCCUCUGACCUCCCCCUCUGUGGUCUCCUCCCCUCCCUCCAAGCAGCCCAGUGCUGAUGGCAGUUCUAAAGCAGUUCUACUCAGCUCACCUCCUCACAAACACACUGAACCAAACUGUUGUGACCCCAACACCGAUCAUCAGUCACUAUGUACUGAAGAAACCCAAAUGGAGUCAGUCCCAAAUGGUUCAUCUCCUACUAAAGCCCCUCCCCUUACACACCCGCAGUCCCCUUCUCUGUCCUUUGACUUCAGUUUGGAGGCAUCCGACCAAUCAAAAGCCCCAGAGUCAAAGCACACCUCCCUCCCAUGGGACGACCAUCUCUACUUCUCCUCCGCCACCGCUCCUCCCUCCCCUCCCCUUGCCCCCAUCUUCCCGUCCAGCGGACCCAGGAACCUGAACCCCCUGGACCCUCUGGACCCCCUGUCCCCAGCCUCCUCUCCCUCCUCUGGGCCACGAAGGGUCCUCUACUGCCCUCUCUGCCCUAGGAUCUUCUACUACCUGUCUGACCUGGAGCGUCACUCCAUCACCCAUUCUCAGAACAAACCCCAUGUCUGCCUGCAGUGUGGCAAGGCCUUCAAACGCUCCAGCCAUCUGCAGAGACACAAGCACAUUCACACGGGCGAGAGGAACUUUGUGUGCCCCAUCUGCUCCAAGCGUUUCAGGGAGGCGGGCGAGCUGCAGCGCCAUCAGAGGGUACACACAGGAGAGAAGCCCUACCAGUGCCCGCUGUGCCACACACGCUUCGCCGAGCGCAACACCCUGCGUCGACACACCAGACGCAAACACCCUUACCACCAGGCAGCUAUGGAGAUGCUGUCCGAGAGAGGAGCAGGGGGAGGAGGAAGAGAAGGAGGGGAUGAAGAUGAGGGCACAGAAGAGUGGUAUAGUUCCACUGUGUCCAACUUGAACAACUCUGACUCUGAACCAGAUUCUGAGGUCAUUUCCUGAGGCUGAUCCUCUUGAAUAAAGGAAAGGAGGAGGAGGAGGAGGAGGAGGAGGAGGAGAGCAAAGGUUGUGUAGCUUCACUGUGUUCAACGGUACUUUCCAAUGAGAACAUUGGUUAUAUUUAUUUAUUAAUUUCUCUUGAAUGUAUUUUAUUUCCAUUCCCUUACAGGGUCCGAAAAUGAUCACUGAUCGCAUAAAUCCUUUCCCAUCAAGUAUUCCUUCGAUUUUCGUCAUUUCCACAACUAUAGGGCGGAAAAUGUUAAUGGACAUUCUAAAAAGGUCACCCUUUGACAUUCUGCUAUAACAAUACAUUUGCACUACCAAAGUACAAACAAUUAUGUUGUAAAAAGCGAUCACAAUGUUUUAUUGUAAAAUUGUUCUUUAUUACUAUAUUUUUUUCUUCUCUUGUGGGAGCUGUACUUAUUAUUGAGUGAGAUUAUUUAACUUUCUUACAAUUAAAGACAUUGUCGUUCGAUUUUGUGUUCAAAUUUGA